AUGGCGGCGGCAUCCGCGGCCUCCUCCCGGUCACCAUCAUUCCCCGGCCAAGUUGCAGGCGAUGGCGAUGAAGUACCUAAUAAGCGAAAGGGGGUCGUUUUAAGACUUGUUUGGGAUCUACUUGAAGGAGAUCGGAUAGUAACCCUUAGUGAGAAGAACAAAAUAAGUCGUGAAAUGAAGAAGACAACACAUACAACGGGUACAAAGAGUUGUGCUCGUUGGUAUGAGGACAUGAGACGAGCUGAUCCUGAAAAAAAUAGCCGCACAUUGCAAAGGUUUACCUCGCAACUCAUAGGAAAAGGGAAAAGGGAUAAAUAA